GAAAAACCCUUCAAGAAUCAAGUUUUAUCUCUCUGGAGUUUGAUUUUUUUUUCCGGACGAGUAGAAAAACUAUUCAGGGAAAAAAAAAGUUCAAUCAAGGUUGAAUUUUUCCGAGGAAUUUCGGUCUUUUUUCCCCUGGGUGUUUGGAAAUGGCUUCGUCGCUUUACGUAGGCGAUCUCGACCCGACUGUCACGGCAGAACAACUCCUCCACCUCUUCAGCCAAGUCGGCUCGGUCUCGUCGGUUAGGGUUUGCACGGACAUCGACAUGACGAGGUCGCUUGGAUAUGGCUUUGUCAACUUCAGUGAUCCCCAGGAUGCUGCUAGGGCAAUGACGGUUUUGAAUUUCACUCUUUUGAACAAUAAACCAAUCAGGAUCAUGUACUCUUAUCAUGAUCCCAGUCGUCUCAAUAGUUGUACUGGAAAUAUUUUUAUCAAGAAUCUGGAGAAGUCCAUUGACAACAGGGCAUUGUAUGAUACAUUUUCUUUCUUCGGCAACGUUGUUUCCUGCAAGGUCGCCUGUGAUUCAUCUGGGGAAUCUAAAGGCUAUGGAUUCGUGCAAUUCGACAAUGAUGAAUCGGCUCAAGCUGCUAUAGAUAAGUUGAAUGGGAUGCUCAUGAAUGACAAGCAAGUUUUUAUUUGUCGGUGCAUUCCUAGGAACGAGAGAGAAAACACUUCAAAAUUCUGUAAUGUUAUUGUGAAGAACCUCUUUGAAUCAACUACUGAAGAAGAUUUGAAGAACAUUUUUGGUGAGUACGGACACAUUACAAGAACCGUAGUGAUGAGGCAUGGAGAUGGAAAGUCAAAGGGUUUUGGAUUUGUGAACUUUGAAAAUGGAGAUGAUGCCAUUCGUGCUGUUGAGGCACUUAACGGGAAGAAGUUCGAUGAAAGGGUUUGGUACGUGGAAAAGGCCCUGGAGAAGUCUGAAAGAGAGCAAGAACUCAGAUCUAAGUUUGAGCAAAUUCCCAAGAAAGAUGCUGACAAUGCUCAGGCUCAGUUUUCACAGAUGAGACCUAUGGCUUUGCCUUCUUCAGCUUAUACUUGGACCCCCAUAUACCCGUCUGAUGCUUCGUAUGGGCAAGUUCCUGCUACGAUUCAUCCACAAGUGGGAUUUGGUUAUCCGCAACAGCAAGUUGGACAAGUCCAAUGGAUUUGGUCAGGUGGUGGUCCGACGCCCAUUUCCGAGGUACAAGCUUUGGGCUCGGCCUUUAGUAAUGUGUCUCUUGUGGAUCAAAGGGAGACGCUUCAUCAUUAUUACCCUCCUGCUCUCAACCCGGCAGAAUCUCCCGCUCCCGAAACAUCACGUGACUCUUUCCAAGAAGAAUCUUUGGCCUUAGCCCUCGCCAAUGCAUCUCCCGAGGAGCAAAGGGAGAUGCUCGGUAAUAGACUGUAUUAUUUGGUGGAGCGGUUAGAGAGCGAGAGAACGGAUAAAGUGACGGGAAUGCUUCUUGAGAUGGACCAGACCGCGGUUCUGCACCUGCUCGAGUCACCGGACGCGUUGAGGGACAAAGUGGCCGAGGCUAUCGAGUGUCUUAGGCGUGCCGACGAAUCUGAUGAAGUUUCCGAGUGAAGAGAGAGAUCACAUCUUCGAUUUUUUUUUUUUGGAAUUACAUUUUGAAUCAUGUUCAUUGGUAAACAGAAAAUAUAAUCGGUAAAUAGAAAAUGUUCAUAGGUACAUGUUUUUUACAUUGGUAAAUAGAAAAUAUAAUCGG